AUGAUUUGUUUAGCAAUCUUCCUCUUGGCUUUUUCUAACAUUCCAAAUCAGGAGCAUUCUGAAGUAAAUUCAGAAGAUGCAGAUCUACUCAUGCAAAAUCCCAAUCUUUUUGGUGGCGAUAUUAUCGGAGAUUUCGAUGAUACAAGAGGUGCAGUUUCAAAUAAUUACAGGCUGUGGUCAGGAAAAUCCAUACCAUACGAAAUUGAAAAAGAACUGUUAACUUACGAAACAUUUAAACGAUUAAUAAACGAAGCCAUAAUGCAAUUCGAACGAAAUACUUGUGUUCGGUUUGUUAAGAGAACCAAUGAAAAAAAUUAUGUAAGAAUUUUCAGAGGUCCUGGCUGUUUUGCACAUAUCGGUCGAAAUAAAGGAGUACAAAUUUUAUCACUGGCGAGAGGUUGCUGGAAUCUUGGAAGCGUAGUUCAUGAAUUGAACCGCGUUGUUGGCUUCUACCACGAACAGAAUCGACCCGACAGAGAUGAAUACAUAAAAGUAUUUUGGGAGAAUACAAAACCAGAUCAAACUUUUAAUUUCCUUAAGUUUGCGCCACAUCGUAUGAGAAUAUUAAAUGAAUUUGAUUACAAUUCCAUUAUGCUCUAUGGAGAAAGAUACUUCUCCAAGGACGGGCGCAGCAAAACUAUGGAAGCAUUAAAACAGGGUGUGAGCCUCAUUAAUAUCAGCAGUAAACCAGGGUUGAGCAAAAGUGAUAUAUUUCGUAUAAAUACUUUAUAUAACUGUAGUCUCUAUGAUGAUUUUGUGUCCAUAUACAAACUUUCAUCCGUAGAUCUACCAUUAGAGUUCAAACUGAAGAUUCAGGAAAAGCGCUAA